AUGCCUCCUGCCAACUCUCCGUCGCAAGAUACCCCCGCUUUAUCGCCCGCGGCUCCAGCAUCGUCGUCUUUGUCGUUUCAACAGUCAAGCUCUGUUCCGAUCCCUAUCUCGACCCUUCCUACCCCGGCCAUCGAUAACGAUGCCCACGAUGAUAACGUGAGUUUCCUCCGGUCUCGCGUGCGCUCCUCCCCGGACUCUUCUUCCUCGCUAAGUCGCCAACGCCGGCGGCGACAGCAACAACAGCACAAUAUCUCCGAGUUUGAUCCAGAUCCCAUGGAUGUCGAUGGCCCGCGCACAUCGUCAGAGUUUAGCCGCCGGAUACCUAUCGUGCGACGCCAACGGGACGAAUCGAACCAUAUGCCGAACUACGAAGGACGGAGUACAAACGUACGGUCGCUUUACGGAUGGGCCCCUGGGUCGGAGGAGGAUGAGCAGAACGAUGAACCGGCCUACGAUCCGCUGCCAGAAGGUUUUUCGUCGUGGUUUGGCCGGCUAUCAGAUCGCCAACCUGGGCAUAGACAUCAUGCGCGAGAGCGAGAGCGAGAGCGAGACUCGGUCGUCGCUCGAACGUUUGCCGAGGGCGUUGCAGAAGGGGAUCGCCACCGGAUAGACCCUUCCACGUCGAUGGCAGAAGCUUUGUUACAGUCGGUUAGACGACAACCACGCUUUUCACGGACUCGCACACUUCAGAAUUAUCUUCUUGACCGGGAACGAGCAGAUCGGGAUGCAGAGGAGAGUCGAGAACGCCAGGGACCGACGCCGAGGGCAUAUCGAUUUCUCCCAACGAGUCGUGAAACACAUCGAAUCCUCACACACAAUGAUCUGCGUGCGCGGAUCAGUGCCCACCGGCAAAUGCAUCUAGAUAACCCACCCAGCCCGCGGUUAACAGAGACGAUCAAGUACCUUGAGCGCCUGCGGGACUCGAGCUCGCUCGAAGAGAGCGUUACUUCUGCAGCCGGAGGAGGGUUUACUCAGUGGGCGUUGGAUGACGACGACUUUAUCUUAGACAUAGGGUCAAUACACCCGCCUCCGCAUUGCUCCUGGUUAAGACCGGGAAUGGUAUUCUCAGGGUCACAAAAAGCAGCCGCCACUGGUCCUGGCACUCUCCUUCCACAACGCAUAUCCAGUCCUCCGCAAUCCUCUGCGAAUGACCCGAUAAUCGUGAAUGGUAGCAGCGAGAAUAGUGGCCGGAUAAAUGUGUAUACCACCAGCGGUCGUCGAUAUCUAGCCAACACCGUGUACGGUCUUGGGAACAGUAGAGAUGAAAAUUGGCCAGUGCGAGUCACCAUCCAUGAUAUCAAUCACGAGGACAUGACUUUGUCCGGGACAAUGGAAGCCUACAAUAUUCCCGACAAGACCUCACCUUCUCAGGACGCACACAUUGUCACCUUCCUGGAAGGCGAAAUUAUCGACUUCAACAAGCACACCCUCGAGACCAAAAACUUCAAAGCAGACGCCGAAAUCGACAGCACAUACUGGCGAGAACUGCAGCCAUUCAAAAACCUAACAGACGAAGAAAUGACCAGGAACCUCGUGAGCCGGAAGUGGAUCACAGAGGAGUUGUCCAAGGGGUGGAUCUUGAUGCGUUGGAAAGAACGCUGUUUUAUCACCCCCACCGACUCCCGACAAGGCCUCACGAUCUUCGGAUUCUACUACAUCUCCCUCUGCCGAGAGACCGGUCACAUCGAGGGCCUCUACUAUGAUCCGGGGAGCUCACCAUAUCAGCAAUUAUCUUUGAAGCCAGAGGACACCAAAAUGGUGUUUCCAUCGUACCAGUUUCGAUAA